UACGGAAAGGGGACUUUGAACCAAAUUUGUUCUCUCUCUUAGUUGUUCGCUUUAUGUUGCUAUAGCAAGGUGUUACAGUAGAGUCUAUUUGAUCUGAAGAUCCUUAGAAGACGUGCUCAUCCCCAAGGUGGAAAACCUUGGUCUACACGGACGGAUGUUGUAGACAAUCCAAAUGGGUCAAAAUUGCAAAUUUGGGAACCAAAAUCUUGAAUGGCGACUCGGCAGGUCCACAGGCGAUUACUCUCACUCUUCGCCACUUCAAAGCCCCAAACCUCCUCUAUUCCAAACGAACCCUUGUGGAAGUUUCUUCCAUCUGCAAAAUCUUUCUUUACCGUAGAUAGAUUAUGCAAAAGAAGAAUUCAGACUCUGAAUGAAUCGAGUGAACAAGCUGACAAAGAUGAGGAAAGCCAUAAAGCUUCUAGUUUGAGGUCAGAUUCUGACUCAUCAAAACCUCUCUCCAAUCCAACCGAUAAUGACCAGUGGGAUUCCAACUCACCAAAAGCUCUCUCCAACCAAAUCAAUAAUGACAAUUCUGCUGUGAAAUUUAGUGCCACCUCCAAAUUGAAGGUAUCCUCUCGUCACGAUCUUGCGAUGGUCUUUACUUGCAAGGUCUGUGAGACAAGAUCAAUCAAGACUAUGUGUCGUGAAUCGUAUGAGAAAGGUGUGGUGGUGGCUCGGUGUGGUGGUUGCAACAAUCUACACCUGAUUGCAGAUCAUCUGGGGAUGUUUGGACUACCGGGGAGCAUUGAGGACGUCCUGGCUGCUCGUGGGGAGGAAGUGAGAAGAGGUUCUGUUGACACCCUGAAUAUAACACUGGAAGAUUUGGCGGGGAAGGAAUUUGCCAUAAAAGAUGGAUAGAAUAGAAUGUGUAAUGGAUGCUCUGCUGUAACUGUCUCGAACAGUUCCAAAAUGUGGGGGGAGAUGUGGGCCGCUAAUGUGGGACUACUAGGGUGGGACCGACGACCUCUCUUGACAUGUUUUUGGGUAUCCAGAUUUCAGACAAUUGCUGGAGGGGAACCAAAAACCUUACGCAAUUCGAUUUAAGGCUGUGUGUGAUAUGGAAUCACUCUGUUUGUUUGCUGUAUCUUCUUCUGUAAUAAGUGGACUUCUUGUGCUCUUGUUUUCUCAUUUUGUACUGGUUUCUUCUGUAAAUACAAAACUUAUUUUGCUCUUCAUAAAAAAUUAGUGAAAACACUUUGUGCUUGGGAA